AAUCCGCUAGAUUUUUCCUUAGCGCGGCAAAACAAAAAUGGCUGCAAACAUAUGAUAGUUUUUGAAAACGGCCAAUCUCAUAAUAAGUUACUUUUCAAACAAUGAGUUCAAGGAGAGGAAAUGAUCCUGAAACAAUAACAUUGUUGUUACAGAAGCUGUGUCUGAAGAUAACAGGAUUGUCUGACGACGCAGUUCAGCCUCUCCUGCAACAUUCAUUGAGAAUUCUAACAAGCAAUUAUGAAUCAACAGUUGAUCAUGAUGAGUUCCAGGUUGCUGAAAAGAUUAAAAGGCGGUUGGUGAGGAAAGGCAAAGAGAAGGAUGCAGUUGUUUUUCUUGAACUUCAUCGCAAACUCCAGGCCCAGGGUGUGAUAAAGAAUAGAUGGGCAGUCCUAUAUCUGUUGAUGUCUCUAAGUGACAGCUCUGAGAAGGCUAGUACUAGAGUUCGGCAGGUUGGAUUAAGCAAUACUCUGUUUGCUGGCAACCUAGCAGGACAUGCAACAUCCACACCGUUUCACCCAGCAGCAAGAGGACAUGCUGGCUAUGGCGACACCACAACUCUGCGUAGCAACAGUACACUCCCCUCUGCACACACCUCGGGAAGCAGUGGGAUAAGCAGUAUCUAUGGCGACAUCCAUAGUAACGACCCCACUCCAGUGCCACAUUCAUACAUGCCAUUACCACUGUAUACAGGCAUGGAUUCAAAUCGAAACCACACCAAUGUGGGCAUGCGAUUAGCUUCUACAUUGUCCAGUGAUAAAGGUUCCUCAACAGCAAUGGUACCACAUCGAGGAAGAACAUCAAAGAAGACCACCAUCACAGUACACAGGACUGAUCAAUCAUCAGAAGAAUUACCAGAGGCUGUGAUUAUAAGGGACUUGGUGUAUGCAUUUCAAGGAAUAGAAGGGAGAUGGAUCAGAUUUGAUCCAACAAAGGAAGGGUAUAGAAUUAAUCCCAAGGCAGGUAUACCUAAAGCUAUUCGACAACUGGUCAGCAAAUUAACAGAAUGUGGGUGGCUAUUUAACAAAACCAAGUCCUAUGUAGAAAACAAAAGUGCUGACAAAACCUUUGGCUUAGUGGGAAAGAGCUUCUGUGCUGCCUUGCAUGAAGAAUUGACAGAAUACUACAGACUUAUUGCGGUGUUGGAAGGACAGAUACUGAGUGAAGGAGACAGAACAGGUUGUCAGGGACUGACCUUGAGACAGCUUGUUUUGUGGACGUUUGACCCCUUACAGAGACUCAAGUGCCUUGCAACCAUUGUUGAUGUGUGUCGAGGAAAGAAAGGAGGGGCUCUAGCUUCAGCUCUGUAUUCCUACAUGCAGCAUGGAGACCCCUUUAUACAGACACUCAUACAGCACAUACUGAAUAUGGUAGCGCAGCCUAUCUACGUUGGACUGGUCAGCUGGAUGUAUGAUGGUGAGCUGGAGGACAUGCAUGAUGAAUUGUUUGUGGCCUCGGAUCCCACAGUGAAGAAUGACCGGCUGUGGCAUGAUAAAUACAGUCUUCGUAAAUCCAUGAUUCCCAAUUUCAUCACCAGGGAGCAGGCUAAUAGAAUACUGUUGACUGGCAAGUCCAUUAAUUACCUGAGACAAGUUUGUCAGGACCGAACCCCAACCAAAGGGAGACAAAUCAUAACAAGCAUGGACUCUAGUCAAGCUGAUGUUUUGUUCCGCCAGGACACUACCGGCGAGUUCCAACACAUGGUGGACCGCGUAUAUAAAGAGACCAGUCGCCAUCUCCUAGAUGUUCUCAACACCAAAUACAAAUUCCUAGAACAUUUAAAGGCGAUGCGGAGAUAUUUGCUGUUGGGACAAGGAGACUUUAUACGCCAUCUCAUGGACUUGUUACUAGAUGAUCUUGCCAAACCAGCCAGUAAUUUAUACCUACACAAUCUGACCGGGAUAUUGGAAACUGCUAUCAGGGCCACCAAUGCCCAGUUCGAUGACUCCGACAUCCUGAAGAGACUGGACGUUAGGUUACUUGAGGUGUCGCCGGGAGACAAAGGCUGGGAUGUGUUUAGUUUGGAAUAUCAUGUAGACGGACCGAUAAGAACUAUUUUCACUCCUCAAUGCAUGAUGUCACUGCUGAGAAUUUUCAACUUUCUGUGGCGUGCAAAAAGAAUGGAAUACAUUUUGGCCAUUGUGUGGAAAAAUCAAAUGUCCAAUUCCAGGUCACUCCGCCGCAUCCCAGAAUUAUCUGGUAUUCUUCAUCAAUGCCAUGUUUUGGCCAGUGAAAUGGUUCACUUCAUUCAACAAGUGCAAUAUUAUAUUAAUUUUGAGGUGUUGGAGUGUUCUUGGGAUGAGCUGCUGACCAAAGUAAAAGAAGCUGAGGACUUUGAUAACAUCAUAGCAGCCCACCAAGUCUUCCUCAAUACGGUCAUCAGCAGGUGUCUUUUAGACGAGCAGUCCAGGGACAUUUUGACCCAGCUGAGAACGAUCUUCGACCUCAUCAUUGACUUCCAGACUGCUCAGAGCGAGUUUUAUGAGGAAGCUAAUGAUGAACUGCAGGCUCGUCAGCACUAUGAAAAACUACAGCAAAUGAGAAGUCAAAAGGGAGAUUGGGCUUUAACAGAGGAAUAUGAGGAGGAAGAAAAUGUAAGGAGAGUGGAGUUCCUGAGGAACAUCAUACCGUCUAAAAGGGCUCGAUUUAAAGUCUUGUCCCAGUCUUACCAGGAUAUGGUUAAACAGUUCUUAGUCAUGCUUACCUACCACAAGGAUGUGAGUUUACGAUUUCUCAGUUUCCGGUUGGAUUUCAACGAACACUACAAGGCAAAAGAACCCAAGUUACGAAGUCCCUCCGUGCACCGACUGUCUCGAUCUGCUGUUUCAUAGAAACUGCUCUUGUAUGUUAGUGUAUUUGUUUUUCUGUUGACAGAACAUCAGACUUGGGACAUUUUGUUUGCAGAUUUAAAAAUAUUGAAUUAAUGCCAUUACUUGUGUGGCUCAUGUUGAAAUAUGAAAAUAUUCAUUUGAAUUAGGAAAGGUCUGUGAUGUAGAAUAUAUACAUGUACAUUGAUUUAUUUUCUUCAAUUUAUGAAUUGCCAGAAAUUUCGUGAUCAGAAAAUAUGAUACGCACUUCGUGAAAGUUGUCUGUCCUCAUAGUCACAAUUACUAGUAUUUUUUAGAGAAUAUAUUUUUCUGGGAUUGCUAGUUUAAUUGUUAAAGGGAGUGAGGGUCUAUAUUUAUACAAUGCCUGCUGAUAAUUGCAUAGAAUCUCCUUUGUUGUAUACAUGUAUGUACAUAAUUUAUAAAUCUUACUAGUAAUGAAUAAAUGGAUGUUAAAAUUUAUGUUAUAUUGUUGAAUAAAUUGUUGAUGUUUA